UUUCAAGGACAGUGGCGUCUUGUUUUGCACUUUAACGAAUGAUAUGAUGCACCGGCUAUUGCAGUUGCAGAGACGUUUCCUGAGCAGCAGCAAGAAUGCCCAAAAGGAGCAGCAAUGGAGUGUCAAACAGGUUACGAAGUCAAAUUUUCUGGAGUCGUUGGAGGAGAUACAGAAGCACAUUCAUGACUGCCAUUUCAUUACUGUUUCGUCGCAAAAGACCGGCGGCUUUUCCGCUCCAUGGCGUCGUGUGUUGCCAUUCGAUACCCCCGACAUGGCCUAUCUUAAGGCCAAGGAUGCCGCCGAGAGGUUUCAGCUUUUUCAGUUUGCUGUCUGCCCCUUCACUAUCGAGUCUUCCAAAGUCGUCGCUUACCCAUACAACUUUCAUUUGUUCCCUAGGGACGAGCUGAAUAUAGGGAUGCCAUCUUACAGCUUUUCAUGUCAAACAUCAUAUUUGAUGUCCAUGGCUCGGGAAGAUUUUGAUUUUAAUGCCUGUAUAUAUGAUGGCAUAUCAUACUUGUCCAGAGUACAAGAAUCCACUGCAAAAGAUCGAAUUGGAAAUCCAAUCUCUUCACAUCUAGUGAAAUCCUCUUCUACUUCAUCAGUUGCUGAUGUAGUUUUUGUAGAAAGGAUUAAAGCACGAGUUAGGCAUUGGAGGAAUGCUUGUAAAGAACCAAACAAGGGGACUGAUGAACUUCUUGUCAAAUCUUUGAGGAAACUUAUUUUAGGAGGUGAACUGUAUGGGUCAAGGCCAUGCAUGUCUAUAGAUGUUUGCAAUGCUCGUCAAGUGCAGCUUGUACUAGAGAUGUUGAGUGAGAUCUUUGAUGACCUCGUACCUUUAAUUAUCCCAGACAAGAGUGGUGGACCAAAGGCAGUACGAGUUGUAUUUACAAGUUCUCCAGAGGACAAAAAUCUUCUUGAGAAGGAGCUUGAAAAUAUUGAAGAGGAAUGGAACAAGCAAGUUCGUGGCUUUCGAGAAGUUAUUGACGUGCUAUCUGCUUCCCAGAAACCAAUUAUUGCCUUCGAUUGCCUUAAUGAAUUUACAUUUGUUCAUUCAAAAUUCAUUGCUCCUCUGCCUUCAAACCUGAAUGAGUUCAUGUGCUCCUUACGUUUGGUUUUUCCCUGUAUCCUGGAUGUCAACAAUUUGCUGAAAGAAAUUGGACCCGUAAGUAGGGCAAAAAAUUUGCCUGCAGCUAUGUCCUACUUGAAGAGACAGUUCUUUGUGCCUCUUGAUAUGGAGAUUCCACAUCAAGGCAUAUCAGCUGAAGAAAAUGAAAGAAAGAAGCAUGGACAUAAUGUGUUAAGAAUCACACAUUUGUUUGCUAAACUUGGCUCAAUACUGAAAAUAACUCAUGGUUCUUGCAAAACCAUGAAUGGUGAUAUAGAUAAAGUCAUGGAAGACCAUGGUAACAUAUUUUAUCCUUGCUGUUCCAGUCUCAAAGAACCAAUUGACAGAGACAUCUUGGUCUUUACAAAUAAAACAAGAAAAGUGAGCACAGAGGAUUUGGUUUUCUUGUGGGGAUUCAGGGUUGGGAUGACUGCUGGAGUGUUGAAGAAGAUCCUCUAUGCAUCUCAUGAUGUUUUCUCUGAAGAUUUUGAGGUCAAGUUAGUUGAUAAGAGCUGUGCUGUUGUAGUUUUCUGGACACCUGGUUUGGCUGAGGUGUUACUCAAGGUAAUCAGUUCAGGGGGAGUUGGUUCUAGUGCUUUGAUGGAUAUGAUUUCAGAAGGACUAAAAGCAGCUGGUUAUGAGGCUUACAAGAGAGUCUGCAGGAUGCGUUUAUGGGAGUUGCAUUUAGCUGACUCAUUAGACAAGGCAUUGUCAGAUGAGUACCCUCGUGACUGGGUAGCUAAUGCCAGAUCAGAACCCCUGGGGAUAUGCUGGAAUAACGAGUUUAUCAUUAAAUUGGAUGACCUGUGAGAAGCUAUUGAUUUUCAAUAUUUUUUAAAGUUUAUCAGAUAUGAUGCAAGGGUUCAUUGGCCGACAUGCCCGAAAAUCAUUCAUUGCUUAUGUUCAUUUGAGAGUAAUCAGGUGCUCUCUGUUCUGUCCAAGGUUGAAUCGUUGCAAUGACAACCCAUUCUGUUGUAAGUUUUGGCCAAAAAAUGUUAGCAAUCAAAAAAUUAGUAAUUCUUGAGGCCAAUGAAGAGGUUGGGUUUGUUGCGGAACUUCA